AUGCGACAGAUAUCGCAGCCGUCGCCGCGUCUGAGCGGACCACGGAAAGUCUGGGAGCCUUUCAAACACGUCUGGGACCCCUUGUGGAGCCGCUGGGAGGAAAUGACUGCUACCGGAUCUGCUACCGGACACAACGUCAGCUCAGAACAUUCUCUAACGGAAAACUCGCUCGUUGGGACCAAGAAACCCCCCAUGAGGAACCCCCCCAUGAGGAACCCCCCCAUGAGGAACCCCCCCAUGAUGAACCCCCCCAUGAUGAAACCCCCCAUGAUGAACCCCCCCAUGAUGAACCCCACGAUUGCCAAUACGACGCGGUGGCUUGCCCCAAGAGUUCUGUUACCACCCUUGUUAUAUGUGCCGACACGUUGCGUUCCAUUGGAAGAGCGUUGGUCGACAGUUCGAAACUUCUUCCAGGAAAGCGAUACGUGGUUUUUCGAUAUAGGUCACGUCGUGGAUUUAGGGUUUAGAGAGGACUUGAAGUCUUGGGGACGAGAAGAGUUUAGUAUUCGUGCAACACCAGUUUCACUGGAUCGUGUGAGUAUAGAUCAAUGGAUCUAUGAUGCGACUGCGAGUAGGCUGUUAGCAAUUGCUGGCGGUCUUGGAUUGCUUCUCGUCCUAGUCAUUGAUUAUCUGUUGCAUCCACGACGUCGAGGCGAGUCAAAUUUUGACUUACUCAACACACCGUUACUCGAAACUCCACAUCCACUUACCACGCUAGAAAACUUCACACCACGGACAACAGCCUUGCAACUCGACCUUGAAUUGCCACAUACACCUAGCACUGCCGCCACCGCCCUCCUAACGCCCAGCACGCCGGGUGUCACAACUGGGACGAUCGCGAAUCCCGCGAUCGCGAAUCCCGCGAUCGUGAAUCCCGCAGCAGGGCGUACACGUGGACCUGACUUGUUGAUGUUAAGUCCGUUGAUGCUGCAAAGUUUGUUGGUGGGUGCUGCAGGUUGUAUUUAUUCGAGUAUGAAGGAUAGUGUGGUAUGUCCCGUGUUGGUGAUAGGUUCAUCGAUGUUGCAGGUUGUGUGGUACUUCUUUAUGACGUCUCAUUUGCACAUGUUAACAAGUGGUUUGACGUUAGUAUCGGUGGUGGAUGUUGUGGAUCGUCAGAUGAGUCGUGUAUUGCUGUCAUUGAUAGUGGGCAUGAGUUCAUGUGUUGCGAACUCAGGUACGAGUGCUCUCUGGGCUGCAGUGCAGUUGAUGUUAGGUGUGGUGUUGGCGGACAGUGGGCGAAAGACAUUAAAAUGCUGUCAUCUUAAACGUGCGAGUGUGUGCGCUUCACACACACUGCGUUUCACCGAUAUGGAAAGAUUCGCCGCUCUACUAGAUAGAGCAACAUGCUACCUACGCUCAUUACUCACCAGCAUUUAUCUCUGGACCGCCAUACACUGGUGGUGCCAUGUAGGAGGACGGAAUGAUGUUGUGUCGGCAGCACUCAUCCUCACCGCAAACUUAAUUACUGGACUCACACUUCUCUUCGUCGAAGAUCGACGCACCACUAAUUCAUACGCCGACAUACUCGCCAUCAAUCACUACUAUCACAACACCUCACAACAAACUGUCAAAUUACUCACUGCUAAAUUACCCCCUCAUUACGACCGACAAGGGCAGGCCAAUAAGG